AUCUGCAACCAGAAAUAUCUUGCUCUUCUGCCACCCAGUUUAUCCUAUAAAUUAGUACUAGCUUCUGAUGAUAAUUCCACUCCAAAUUGCAUAACACCAAGUUUCACCUCCCUAUUACCACCAAAAUGCAGGCAGCUUUGAGCAUUUCUCCUACUCUUCUCCCUUUGACACCUUCCAAGAACAUUUCUCAACCUGCCAUUUUUAGUCCCAAUUUGCUUGAUUCAUCUGCUGCUCGACGUUCCGUUGUCAAAGCAACCGCCGUGACCUAUGAUACUUCCACAGUUGAUUACAACUCCGUGUUCUCUGUGUUUCCGGCAGAAGCCUGCGAGACAAUAGGCGGAGAAGCCUGCUGGGCCGGCAUGUUUCCUGAAGCAAAGCUGCAACAGCAGGCUAAGAGUUCCAGACCAACAGUUUUUGGCGAACACUUUGACAGAGAAUACCUCGAAUACACUGACCCUAAAACAGUUUUCCGAGGAGAGGCUUGUGACGACCUUGGUGGAGAAUUCUGUGAGUACGAGUAUCAGAAGGGGGUCUACUAA